AUGUACUACAAAUCCAAGGCUGAAGGCAGCCAUCAAUCCAAUCCCGGCAAAUGGUAUAAAACGAUUUUCAAGCUAGCGGCAGCAACUGAUGAUCAACAAUCUCUAUCCUCGCCUGACCACGCUAACUUAGUGGAAAUCGCUGACAGGCUGCAAAGAAGUUUUAUUAAGCCUUGGCUAGAAAUUCAACCAAAUCCUCCCAGACUUCAAGCGGUAGAGCAUUUGCUCAAGGACAACCACCCACUCCGACCAUCCAUUGGCCAACUCAAAACCGUCCUAAAACACCUAAAUCCUAGGAAAGCCACCGGGUCGGAUAAUAUCCCUGCAUGGUGUCUUAAACGGUACGCAGAAGAACUAGCACCAGUAGUCCACGAUAUUGUGGUUGCAAGCAUAGUUCAAUGCAAAUACCCCACCUCGUACAAGCAUGCAAUCAUCAGUCCGAUACCAAAGAUCCGUCCACCCACAGACCUAGAUAGUGACUUUCGCCAAGUUUCCGUGCUACCACAACUGGCAAAUGUUAUCGAGAAGCUACAGCUCCAACUCAAUUAA